CCGAUUUGCAACAUGAACUUCCUCCAAGAUGUUCGCAAGCGACUACCCACAGCGCAAAAGCUGCCUUCAUACGAUGAUCUCUCCAAGAGUGCUGAGAAGAUGACGCCGAGGUUAGCCUUCUUCCGCCGACGCAUACGUCUGAGAGAGAAUUCGCGCAUCUCAAUACCUCUGGGCCUGGUUCUGCUUUUUCCGUGCUUGAUUGUAAUAUUAAUACUGCUCCUCUUCGUGCGGCACCCUACCGAGGCCGGCAGGAUACUCAUGCCCGCUGGCGCACCCCCAUCCAUCAGGUACGCUAUUUCCAUUGCUCUGACCUCUUCUACUUGCCCUGACACGAUGCGUUACAGGAAAAUCAGCGAGAAGCACGACAAGGUCUUCGUCACAGGCUGUCAAGAUCCCGCUCUCGAGACCAACCAACCGCGCGCCAACGCCGCUUUCGUCGUCCUCGCCCGUAACAAGGAACUCGAAGGUGUUCUGCAGUCGCUCAAAUCAGUCGAGAGACACUUCAACAGAUGGUUCCACUACCCCUACGUCUUCCUGAACGACGGCGACUUCAACUCCACCUUCAAAGACGAGGUCCGUAAGCACGUCAGCUCCAACGUCGAGUUUGGCAAGAUCGAUUCCAGCAUGUGGGGCUUCCCCGACUGGGUCGACCACAAUGUGGCCAAGGAGGGCAUCAGAAAACAGGGCGAUGCUGCUAUCAUGUACGGUGGUAUGGAGAGUUAUCACCACAUGUGCAGAUUCUACUCUGNNGGUAUGUCUACAAUCUUCUCGAAGACUUGGAUUUGUGCUGACGUAUACAGUUUCUUUUACAAGCACGAGCUCCUCCAGAAAUACGACUGGUACUGGCGUGUUGAGCCCGAGAUCAAGUACUUCUGCGAUAUCACCNUAGUACGUCUUGUUACAGCACCGGCCUCUGAUCUCAGCUUAUUGACGUGUAAUAGCGAUCCUUUCGUCCACAUGGAGCGCAACAACAAGACUUAUGGAUUCACGAUUGCAGUCAAAGAACUCAAGGAGACGGUACCCAACAUUUUCAGAUACGCCUCGGCCUACAAGCGAGUCAACAACAUCACCUCAACUGGCCUCUGGGAGAUGUUCCUCGAGCCCAAGCCGGAGAAGCCAGCAGACGAGCUGCCCAAGGACGACCCCAAGUACAAGAAGCCUCUUCCCGAAGACAUCCUUCGCACAGAACCUGGCGCAGGCACUAUUCCUGAUGUAGACCNNCCGGAGUCCAUGGAGGGCGAAACAUACAACAUGUGCCAUUUCUGGAGUAACUUUGAGAUCGCUAGACUUGACUGGUUCAGAAGCAAGGAAUACGAGGACUUUUUCCAGAUGAUGGACCGCAGUGGAGGCUUCUGGAUGGAGAGAAUCCACUACUUCCGCGAUAUCGGCUACCGACACACAACCAUCGCACAUUGUCCAGCAAACGCAAAGGCCCGCCAGGAGCCUCGCCCGCCUUAUCUUGAGACGACAACCACAGACGAGAAGAAAAGAAUCGAGGAAGAUGCAUACUGGGAGGAGUGGGAUGAAGAGAAGGAAAAUGGUGUCGGCUGCAGAUGCAGAUGUGAUCCCGAAGUGCCAGAAGUCGAGCUCAAAGAAGGCAGUUGUCUACCCAACUGGGUAGAUGUGGCCGGAGGUUGGAUCACACCAGGGCCACCAGCAUGA